AUGUCACAGGAAGAAGCCGUAGAAUUUGUGAAAAAUGAUGGUUCAUCAGGCGGAUGCGUUAGAAUUGGCAUUAUCACGGAGGACGGUUUAGAACGACGUUUCUUCCCCGGAAAUGAAUUACCAGAAUUGGCGAAAGAAGUAUACAUUAAAGAGGGUCUUCGUCCACCAACAAUAUCAGAAAUCUCGCAAGCUUUUUCGGAUUUACAAUCUAUUCGACUAAGAGAUAUCACAGAAAUAGGGCUUAGAGAAGCGGCUAGAAUUGCUAUACGAUCUGUGGAAGUUUUUGGAUUUUUUGCACUUGGAGAAAUGAUUGGAAGGAGAA